GCUGGGUCUCGCGACACCGCCGGGCGGGGCGGCGCCAGUUGUCCCGCGCCAUGGCCGCCGUGCGUGCCCUCCUCCCCGGCGCCCGCGCCCUCCUCCCCGGCGCCCGCGGCCGCUUGUGGCUCCUCUCCGGCCUCCCGGCGCCGCGACCCUUCGCCUCGCGGGCCAACUUUGAGUACAUCGUUACAGAGAAAAGGGGUAGGAAUAGCAGUGUGGGACUCAUCCGGCUGAACCGCCCCAAGGCGCUCAACGCCCUCUGCAAUGGCCUGAUUGAGGAGCUCAACCAGGCCCUGGAGGCCUUUGAGGAGGACCCAGAGGUGGGCGCCAUUGUGCUCACUGGCAGUGAUAAGGCAUUUGCUGCUGGAGCUGAUAUCAAGGAAAUGCAGAAUCAGACAUUCCAGGACUGUUACUCCAGCAAGUUCCUGAGCCACUGGGACCACCUCACCCGCGUGAAGAAGCCAGUCAUUGCUGCCGUCAAUGGUUUUGCUCUUGGUGGGGGCUGUGAGCUUGCAAUGAUGUGUGACAUCAUCUACGCUGGUGAAAAAGCCCAGUUUGGACAACCAGAAAUCCUGCUGGGAACCAUCCCAGGUGCUGGAGGCACCCAGAGACUCACCCGUGCAGUUGGAAAGUCCCUGGCAAUGGAGAUGGUCCUUACUGGUGAUCGGGUCUCAGCCCAGGAUGCAAAGCAAGCAGGUUUGGUAAGCAAGGUUUUUCCUGUUGAAACACUAGUUGAAGAGGCCGUCCAGUGUGCAGAAAAAAUUGCCAGCAAUUCCAAAAUUAUAACAGCCAUGGCCAAAGAAUCUGUGAAUGCAGCUUUUGAAAUGACACUAACAGAGGGAAACAAAUUGGAGAAGAAACUCUUCUAUUCAACCUUCGCUACUGAUGACCGGCGAGAAGGCAUGGCUGCCUUUGUGGAGAAGAGGAAGGCCAACUUCAGAGACCACUGAGAGCCAGAAAGUGCAGCCUGCCUGUUUAGAAGCAAACAAAUCAUCCCCCUAAAGGGCAGUGUGGCCAUGGUAGCCUCCCAGCCAGGGGGUGGGGCUGUGGCCUCUGCUCAAGCCCUUGGGUAGCCAGCUGCAUUGAUGCCGAAGGGAAGGUUGAUCGUGUUGGGUCUGAUCAGAGUACUUUCUUGCAAAUCAAAUCCGCUGAGGAGCCUUGGAGGUGUUUUCACAAGGGACCGGUGUUUGCAGCCAUGGUCUCUGGGCACUGAGUCGGGCGGGAAGCAGUGGCAGCUGCAUCUGCAGCUGUGCAUUGACUGUUCGGGAGAGGGGCUCUGUCAGCUGAUUUUGAACAGGAUUGUCCGAUUAAAGUGACUGCUUCAAA